AUGGUCCCUAUGCCCCGACUAUUUAUGCAACGCGGAGCUGCCCUGCCGAUACGUAUCCGAGUCAUCAGAUACCUCGGAAGCCAGCCAGUCCAACGUAGGAUGAACAUGACAGAUUCCUACGAUCACAAUCCCCAGUUGGAAGAAGAGGCAGCCCCAGCAAAGGGAAAACCCUUGUCGGAUCACAGUUUCAAGUUAGGUGAUCGUGUUAUGGAUCUCAUCAAAGAUCACGGAGAUUUCAAAGCCGAAGUCAACAAGUCUAUUGGCGAGCUUUCUACGAAAAUGGCGAACGGGUUUGCUGAUGUGCAUCGUGAGUUUGCUGAUGUGCGUCGUGAGAUUGGUGAUGUGCGUCGUGAGAUUGGUGAUGUGAAGCAUACGGUUGGGCUUUUAAGGUGGCAACUUGGAAUUAUGGUUACAGUUCUCACCGGUUUCUUCGGAUUCGCCGGGUGGACGACAAAAAAAGUGGUAGAUGCCUACUUUCCAAUGGCCUUGGCAAAAGUUGAGAAAGUGAUAGACAAGGAGAAUGUGGAGACUGUGAGGGGCGCGGAGAAUGCGGACAUUAACGACAAACAGAAGAGCAAUUAG